UUUUUCCUGAAAUCCUUUUUAUCUUCUCUCUCACCUUCAUCUUCAUCCUUUCUCAAAAAUCCUAACACAAAAGAUCCCCAUAGCCGGCGGCUACCACCCUCACCCUCUCUGAGAUGCCGCCGGAAAACGCACACAAAACCCGCUGGAAAAACACAACCUCACGAACUCAGACCCCCACCAUCGGAAAAUACUCACAAAACCCAGAUCCUUGCAUCUCCUUAAACACCACUUGCGAAUCCAGAUCCCGUUUCUUUCCUCUUAGCUCUUCCUCUCCUUCCAGAUCCAGCAAGGGAGCCGAUCCAGGUGGAAGGAGAGCUCCAUGGGCGGAUCUGGCCGAGAAGCAUCAAGCAACGACAAAAAGGCUUUUCUUUGCAACAAGAAUAAGAUGGGGUGGUGAGGCUGGGAAUGCAGAUGGAGAAUUGGGGAGAAAAGAUGGAGCAAAUCAUACACGAUGCUGUCUAGUUUUAAUUAUGUUGCUUGUUGUGAUAAGAGUAAAUUUUGUACUUGUCAUAGAAAUUGCAAAUGACCGAAAAUUGAAAGACUGUUAUUGUAUGAAAGUUGCAAGUUGAGGAAGAUGAAGAUUGCAGGUGAGGAAGAUGAAGAUUUCUGGGAUGGAUCUGAGGUGAGGAAGGUUGGAGGUUGGAGGUGAGGAAGGGAUGGACAGUGUCAAAUCAAAUGGGUCAUUAUUUUGUGCUAGGAUGAAUUUCUGGGUUUGGUGGAUGAAUAUAUCCAAUUAAUAAUGUAUUUGGGGGUUUUUGAUCUUGAGAUUUUUUUUUCUUCA